GCCUUGCUUCCACUGCCUCCUCUCACGGCACAGAGAUGCGGGCGGUGGGUGGGAAAAAUGGAAGACGCUACUCUCAGCGAACCGCCGCCGCCGCUUCCGAGGCCCCACCAAAAUGGCCGCCGCCGUCUCGGCCGCCACCACCACCACCAGCACCACCACCAGCUCACUAUCGCUACCGCCGGCGCGGCCCGUUCUCUCGCGAGAGAGUAACUGGAGGUUGGGGGAACGGGGAGGCUCGCGUGAAGCGUAGGGCGCUGCCUGAAGCGCAAAGCAGGCUGGGUGAUGUAGUCCCUUUGGAGACUCCGCGCUUGCCCCGCGGCAGAGCGUCUUUAUCCUCCACCAGAGCAAGUGUCAGUGGAGCUGCAUUGCGGCUGCCAAUUCAGACCAGUCCUCCGUUUUUUAAUAGAUCACCCAGAGAGCUGAAGCAAUUUGUCAGGUACUUUCAGCAAGUUAGCAGUAGAGCCUGGGCCUCUGGAUUCCCCACAGCAGUCUGCUUACAUAGCUGCUUCGUUUUACACAAGGGUGUGAUUCCCGAUAGCUCCCAAGCACCUAUGCCAUUUGUUGGCCAACUUUCUAGGGUAAGAACUCCUCUGAGAUGCCCUCACCCCAGAAUAGAAUAAUAACAGUUACCUUCUACUGAGACCACUUUGUGCACUAAUUCUUUUAAUCCCGACAAGCUUCGUUUUACAAAUGAAUUGAAGCUCAUAGAUUAACCAGUGACAGAGCCCAAAGCCUGGAUUCAUAGCCAAACAGUCUAAAUCACAAGGAUACACACACAAAAUUUACCAAGUAAAGCCCACCCUGGGAGCCAGGUUAGGAAGCCCCGAUAAAGUUCUCAUUCAGCUCCUCUUCAUCCACUCAGUUUAGUUCUUACCUAUUUUACUCAGAGGGUGCAUCCUUCUCUCAGUAUCACUGAUUUGAAGAUCUGUUUUUCUUAGAGCAAAGAUCAGAGAUUGAAAACUCAAAACGUGUUCCCGUGAAUCUAACAUAACGUAUGUUAAUUAUACUUCAAUAAGAAAAUAAAUGUAAAAAAAGAAAAAAACUCGAAUACCUAAAAGAGCCAGGAAGGUAAUAUAAGUAAAGUGAAGAGGGUCAGGUGAGGAAUGUGAGGGACUGGAGACAAUAUGCUCUGUCCCGCAAGAACAGCCACUGUUCAAACCACUCUUCCAGUGGUCACCCUGCAGGCCAAAAUACAUCUAAGGGUCAAAUUCAGCCACAGGUUCCCCGUUUGCUACCUCUGGCUUAUGCUGGAGCCUCAAGUCAUAUGGAAGCACCCAGGACAGAUUGUUUGAAAAUGUGGAUGAACGCCCAUCCAUUUAGGCCCAGUUCAGCCUUUUUUUUUCCCCCCAUACCAAGGUUACAUAUUUCUGAGACCCUAUCAUAGAACCAUACUGAGCUCCCAAGAGAUCUCACAUCUCUUGUCCUUCCCAUAAACCUUUUCAUGCUUUUUCAGUUAUUCUUCCUUCAAAAUAAAGCUCGAGGGUGACAACCCCCAGGUGAUCUCAUUUGACCACACGUAGGCUGGUUUUCAUACUAUUGGCUCCAAUAGCCCCCUGGGUUUCAGAAAGCACUGAUUGCAUCAUAUCUGGAUUCAUGGUCUGUCCACCCCACCCCAAAAAGUAUUAUUAACCCCUUGAGGAUAGGAACAUGGUUUAUACAUGAAAAUCCACUAAGCCAGUCUCAGAUUAUUCAGGAGAUUUAUUAGUGUGAACUGCUUGUGUUAUAAUACUUGGUUAAAAACAAAAAUAACUGGUAUUGGAUUCUUGAGAGCUCAAACUGAAAAUAAACCCCAAAUCUCUCUUCUACUUCCAUGACUAUCGCCGUUGAGCCAGCCACCAUCAUCUCUUGUUUGGAUUGCCCCUGACUGGGUUUCCCACAUCCAUUCCUGUUUCCCUUUACUCCAUUCUCCACAUAGCAACUGGAGUGACCUUUACAUAGAAAUCAGAUCAUGUUGCUCUCACACUUACGACCCCCAAAUGGCAUCUUAAUUCAUUUAAAUGAAACCCCAUUGUGUAUCGUGACUUAAAGUCUCCACAGGGCAGACAUGUUGAGCUGAAGAAGCCAGACACAAGAGAACAUAUGAUCCCAUUUACAUAAAGUUCAAGAGCAGGUAGAACUAAUUGAUGGCGUUAAAAAUAAAAAUAAUAACCUUUGAGAGAGAAGGAUUUUACCUGGGAAGAGCCACAAGGGGGAUACUAGAAAUGUGUAUCAGGAGUCGGUAAACUAUGGCUUAGAGGACAAGUCUUGUACAGCACCCGUUUUAGUACAGUCUGCAAGCUAAGAAUGCUAACAAGUCUAAGAAUGGUUUUUACACUUACAAAUGGUUGAGUAAAAACCAAAAGAAGAAAGAAAACUCUUGUGACACAUGAAAAGUAAAUGUAAAUCAAAUUUCAGCAUUUGUAACUAAAGAUUUAUUGAAAUUCCACCAUACCUGUUGAUUAACAUGGCGCCUAUGGCUGCUUUCCUAUGGUACUACAUACAAUACUAGAGCCGAGUAGUUGCAACAAAGGCCCAGGUCCACAAAGCCUAAACUAUUUUCUGUCUGGUGCUUCACCAAAAAUGUCUGCU